AUGUUUUACUACACAAUUCUUGCCAUCUUUACUAUUCUUAUUGCUGGCUCAAAUAGCAAACUGACAAGAUCAUUGCCAAAUGAACCGAAACCGUGCUGUUUACCGAAACAACAUAGUUCACAAAUGAGCAUAUCAACUGGUAUGAUAUUGUCCGAUGGUAAACCAUACAGUUCAUACUCAACCUACAAUUUUUCUUACGAUUCGGAUCGUGGCUUGGUUGCACUGAAAGGCGAAGCGAUUUCGAUACCAGAUGGUCAAAAAUCGAAUUGGUGGGUCAUUGAAAAUAUGAAAGAUGGUCAAACUUAUACAAUAGAUCAAGAUUCAAAAAAAUGUUAUAAAUCAAUAAUAACAAUAAAACCACUGUAUUGUAUACCUGAGACAGCAGUAUAUCAAUACUCGUCUACAUAUGGGUAUGGUGACAAACAAAUUAUCGGUGACACAUGGCUUAUAAGAGAGGAUGAAGCGCUUAGGUAUUUUACAGUUAGUAGUGAUGGUCUAUGUAUUCCAUUGAAUGGAUAUAGUUACUCUCAAAACCCUACUACGGUUAAUUCAACAACAAUAGCAAAUUUCGUACCGAAAAUUCUUGAUCCGAGUGCAUUCGACAUACCGGACGAAUGUAAAAAUGCUGCUUAA